AAACAUAUUCCAAGACCCCCCACCUUGUUAUCCCUUCCUUCACCAUCUAACUUGCAUGCCUUUGAUAUAUAAUACCCCCACCUUCCUAUUCUCAAAAUACAUCAAACUUCACUUCCAAACUGCAACCUUGUGUUUCUCAUCCAUUUUUCCCUUCACCACUCACUCACCAUCCGUCAACCCAAAUCACUUAAUCUCCUCUCGCUCUACACGUGUGUCAAAAUUCAUUGUCUAUUAUUGAGUUUCAUUGUGUAUUUUUUAAUCAAAUUUCUUUCAUCUUUCACACGUAUCGAGUUUCAGUAUACAUAUAUGUUUAUUUUUAUUUUAUAAGUAGAGAAACAUUUUCUUGCCCCAAAAGAAAUAUAUUGAGCUAGGUCAUCGUGAGGAAUAUUGGCAGAGAAAUGUCUUGGAUUUUCAAAAAAAAACGCAGGCCUCCUCCUCCUCCUCGUUCUCGUCCUUCCCUUCCCUCUCCUCCUCCUCCACCACCACGUGAGCCAUCUCCGCCACCGCCGCCACCGCCAGAACCCUACAGACGACCGACCCAUCCCUUCCUCUUCCCAAAAACCCAAUCCACAGUCCUUCCUGACCCAUCCCUCUUCUUCUCUCCCCACCUCCUCUCAUCCCCUCUACCCACCAAUUCCUUCUUCCAAAACUUCGUCCUAAAAAAUGGUGAUCAACCUGAAUACAUCCACCCUUAUCUCAUCAAGUUUUCUCUCUCCUCUCUCACUCUCUGUUACCCAUCUCAGUUCUCCAACUCUUCCUUCAUCUACCAGGUUUUCAACUCUGACCUCACCAUCUUUGCAUCAAACAACCCCAACCCAAAUUCAACCCACAUUGUUUCUUCAUUCAGUGAUCUCAGUGUCACUCUUGACCUUCCUUCUAGCAAUCUCAGGUUCUUCCUCGUCAGAGGAAGCCCUUAUUUGACCUGUGUUGCCACCAAUGGUGUAUCGCUUUCGAUUUCUACAGUUCAUGCCAUUCUUCAAAUCUCUCCCAAUAGUUCUCUCACUAAAUACACCAUUAAGCUCAACAACAAUCAGACAUGGCUUCUCUACGCUUCUUCACCAAUUAAUCUGAGUCAGGACGUUUCUUCCAUAACUUCCAAUGGGUUUUCCGGCAUUAUUCGGAUUACUAUCGUACCAAAUUCCAACCCACGACAUGAAUUGAUCCUUGAUCGGUUCAGCCAUUGUCAUCCGGUAUCGGGCCAUGCCCUGUUUUCCAAUCCAUUUUGUUUGGAAUAUAAAUGGGACAAGAGAGGUUGGGGGGAUUUGCUUAUGCUUGCCCACCCUCUCCAUCUUCAGCUUCUUUCAAGCAGUGAUUGUAAAAUCACUGUUUUGGAUGAUUUCAAAUACAGAAGCAUUGAUGGAGACCUUGUGGGUGUUGUUGGAGAUUCAUGGGUAUUGAAAUCCAGCCCUGUUUCUGUAACUUGGCACUCAAUUGGAGGCAUCAAUGAAGAAUCAUACCCUGAAAUUGUUGCUGCACUAAUCAAAGAUGUUGAGGCUCUCAAUCCAGCAACAACAUCAACAACAACAUCAUCUUAUUUUUAUGGGAAACAGAUUACCAGAGCAGCAAGAUUAGCAUUGAUUGCUGAAGAAGUCGGUUGUUUCGAUGCAAUCCCGGGUAUUCGAAAGUUCUUGAAGGACACAAUUGAGCCAUGGCUAGAUGGUACUUUUAGCACAAAUGGUUUCUUGUAUGACGGGAAGUGGGGUGGCAUUGUGACUAAACAAGGAUCUUUGGAUUCCGGGGCUGAUUUCGGGUUUGGAAUAUACAAUGAUCACCAUUACCAUUUGGGGCUUUUUCUUUAUGCAAUUGCAGUGCUUGCAAAGAUUGAUCCAACUUGGGGGAGAAACUAUAGGCCGCAAGCUUACUCGUUAAUGGCGGAUUUCAUGAACUUGGGCAAGCGAGAAAAUUCAAAAUAUCCGCGUUUGCGGUGUUUUGAUCUAUGGAAACUUCACUCUUGGGCCGGAGGGCUGACUGAAUUUGCAGACGGGCGAAACCAAGAGAGCACGAGUGAGGCUGUGAACGCAUACUAUGCGGCAGCAUUGAUGGGAUUGGCUUAUGGAGAUACACACCUUGUGACGACUGCUUCGACAAUUGCAGCAAUGGAAAUUCAUUCAGCUCAGACAUGGUGGCAUGUGAGAGAGGGAGGGACUAUAUAUGCAGAGGAAUUUACUAGACAGAAUAGAGUUGUGGGUGUUUUGUGGGCUAAUAAGAGGGACAAUGGACUUUGGUUUGCACCAGCUGAGUGGAGGGAGUGCAGGGUUGGGAUUCAGUUGUUGCCAUUGUCGCCAAUCACUGAGGUUUUGUUUUGUGAAAGUGGUUUUGUGAGGGAUCUUGUGGCAUGGGCGUCGACAGCGUUGGGGAGGGAGGGAGUUUUAGAAGGAUGGAAGGGGUUUUUGCAUGCGUUGGAAGGGGUUUAUGACAAAGAGAACGCUUUGCGUAAGAUUAGGAAUUUGAAUGGGUUUGAUGAUGGGAAUUCACUCACAAAUCUGUUAUGGUGGAUUCACAGUAGAGUUGAUGAAGAAAAAGGGUAUGAGGGAGGAGGGAAGAAUUGCUGGUUUGGUCACUAUUGUCAUUGAAAAUAAUGGUAAUCACACAUAUCAACCAUAUCUUACUGAAAAAAUUGCUCCACUACAUUGCUUCACGGUCGGUUAUGUGACUAGUUCUGUAUAAUUAUUGAAUGAUAUUUUGUGUUGGUUGUUUGGUUUUGUGUGGGUUGAGGAUGGUCUUGAAUGGAUUGGUAGGUUCAAGGUCAAAACCAUUCUUAAUCUUAUUCGUAUGUAAAAACAAAAAUUAAAAAUUAAAAAAUUGACAUAUAUAUAUACAUAUAUAUGAUUGGAUUGCUU